GUAAACACAAUACAUUCCACAUUAAUUUUCAGUUCACAAUAUUAAUAAUAAUAAUAAUGACUCAUUAAUCCCAAAAGUCUAAAUACAAUAGCAGUUGCUUAUUAUGUAUUGGCGUACUUGUCCAUCCACCCAUGUAUCAUAGAUGAUUACAACUGACCAAUCAAAUUCUUCUUUAAAAAGUGACGCAAAGUCUACAGCAUUUGAUUGGUGGAAUAUUGGCCUAAAGGUGAUACGACGAUUUGUCUGUACAUACAGACGUUUUAUUUUGAAUAUUUUGCAGUAUUAAUUAAAACACAGUUUUUGCCGUGUUUUACUGCACAGUUGAAACGCCAUCCACAAUUCUAUCUUGAGCUAAAAAAACAGGAGAAGAGUUAAUCAUAUCGGACAACAACAAAAUAAUGGAUAACUAUAGAACAGAGAUAAAUAUCCCUGUUUCAAGAGAUAGUCGUACGUUUGAACAACGUCGUAAAGAUAUGCUUAACAAUUUGGAACGAAGUUAUAGUAAACAUUCAAGAACAGAUAUUCAUAAGCAUUCGGGUACAGAGUCAUCAACAGUACCACUUUCAGAUCGUCAUCUUGAUGAUUGGGAUGAUGAAGUCAAUCGAUGGAUUAGUGAUACACGUAGUAAAUGGAGUGAAGAUAUGAAAAGAAUGCGACAAUCAAUGUUUGCUUUAGAGCCUGUUGAUGAUUUUGAUCUUGAUCAUUGGGGUAACUUUGAACCAAUUCAUUCAAUGGAUGAUCCAUCUACAAUGAUGGAACAAAUGGAACGUCGAAUGGAAUCAUUAAGACAAAAAAUGGGAACAAUGUCUAAUUUUGGUACGCCACAUUUUUCUGGUCCUAACAGUUCUACUAUGCAAACAUCAAGUUCUCGAGUUGUCUCAUCCACUUCACAUAGCACUGGUAGUGAUCCAAAAAAUAUGGUUACAAAGAGUAAUGUUGUUGAAUCGACACAACAUAAACGUAUUGUCGAUGGUGAAACAAUAACUAGUUCAAGUCAUUCUUCAUCUUCAUCGAAUACAGCAGGAGCUCCAACAGGAAUUAAAAAUAUUAAUAAUAAUAAUAGUGAUGCAUAUGCCAGAAACAUUACUUCACAAACAAGUGUACCUUCUGGUAUGAUGGAUUUUUUAAAGGAUGCCUAUGAAUUAGGAGAUGAUGGAAAAGUACAUUUCAAAGUACGAUUUGAUGCAAAAGAUUUUGCUCCAGAAGAUAUUGAAGUGACUACAGUUGACAAUCAUUUACGUGUUCAUGCUAAAAAAUCAAUUAAAUCAGGUAAUACAACAACUGUACGUGAAUUUCAUCGAUCUGUUGAUCUACCAAGAUCUAUUGAUCAUGAACACUUUCAAUGUCAUUUAACAGAGGAUGGUGUACUGAUAUUGGAUGCUCCAGUGAAAGCGCCUGACUAUAAAACAAUUACAUUUCAAGAUGAUCGUCAGCUAGGCAUUCGACCAAAGGCUGAAUCAGAGGUUAAAGCUACACUGAAUAGCAGUAGUAAGACACCUGUUUGUUUAACUGUUACUGGUCGUUCUGGACCAACAAUCAUGAAAGAUGGUAUUAAUGGCAGAAAAUUACAUCUUGAAGUGACUGUUGAUCCAGUAUACAAAGCAGAUGAAUUAUGCGUACGUAUGGACUCAAAUUGUAUUGUUAUCACAGGAUGUCAAAAGAAAACUGAAGGAUCAUCAACUUCAACAGCUGAAUUCACGCAGUCCUAUGAAAUUCCUGAAACGGUAGAUCCAUUCUCAGUUACUGCUCAAUUGAUUGGAACAACUUUAGUUGUUGAAGCUCCACUGCUGUGCACAGUUUAAAGAGGAGAAUGUGAAGUCAAAUCAAUCACUCUGCUAAACGCUAGCUAAUACAUCAUCAUAUAUGAAUGAGAUUAAUGCAAGUCUACAGGUUGUUUUCUUUGCUGUUCCUUGUUUCUUCGUGAACAUCAGUCAACUCUCACUAUAUAUUUGUGUGUGUGUGUGUGUACACCAUUGUAGUAUGCAUACAUAUGUGUAAUUUUGUUUUGUUUCCUUAUCGAUCGAUCUGUAGUGCUCUAACUGUUGUUAUUCAAUCGAAGCAUAAAACCCCAAUUUCUCUUUCGGCAAAUAUAUUCACCCCCUCUCUCUCCCACACACACACACACACACAAUUACUUGUCUUCUCCCUUGUUUUCAGUUGGUUAUUCAUUUGUUCAAGUGCUUUUCGUUUUCCUAAUGGAAUGAUGCAUGUUGCAUCUGCCGAACUUCUCUCUCUCUCUCUCUGUCUCCCGCCCUCAGUAUUCCUUUUUCUCCUUAUCUUUUCGUUUUGUUAAGGAAUGAAGACAAAAGUAUUUUCUAAUGAGAUGGAUAGAUGAUAGAUAGAUAGAUGAUGAGUACUGUAAUGCGUGACUUGUUCUAUCUGCGUUGAAGACACACGUAAGCACUCAAUCACCCACUCAUACACACACACACACACAUUUCGGUCUGAAUAAUCCAUUCUACUGUGAAAACAAAACAUGCAUGUGUGCCUGCGAUCCCUUUUUUCGGUCGUUUCAGUUUCCCAAGUUUUAUUAUCGUUAUUACUUACUUACUAUUGUUAUUAUUAUUAUUAUCAUCAUCAUCCUGGUUAUUGUCAUUAUUAUCUCUUGAAUUCUGUACACAUAGCUACUUUGAUUGCUUGUCAAUCACAAUGUAUUGGGUUGGUGUGUUAUUUGACGAGAAUGACCUGCUACUCCAUUGAUCGAUCGCCUUUAAUUUUCAUUCAGCAGUGCUUUAUCUCAUUAAUAAAAGUUUAAAGGAUGAAUUUUUUUGUGUUUAUUAUUUACUGGUUGUUGGUG